CUUCCAGGUUAAGACAAACCACAACCGAUCACAUGUAUACUUGCGCAGCCCACUCUACAGGUUUUGGGAGGAGAGAGAGAGAGAGAGAAAAUGUCCAUGGCCGCCAGCGAUCGAGGCAGGCCACCGUUGAUGAAGACGGGGGAGAAGGUGGCGGGCGCGCGGUGUAGCAUGAGGGGCCCGGGAGGCUGGGAUGCUGCGUCCACGUCUCUCAACAAGAUUCGAGAACUGGGAGCAUCGUUUUCGGUUCAUGUCGGCAUUUAUUUUCGUGUGAUGAUGUGUUGGAAUCGGAAAUCCUGGCUAUCGAGGAAGGCCUUAUGCUGGCCUCACAAUGGGGCAGCCUCACAAUAGACAUCGUAUCUUAUCGGAUUGUGUCGAAGCAGUUAGGAUGAUGCAGAGUACAAAACAAGAUUCAAGAACACAUACAUCGUACAGAACCAGCACACAUGUAGGAGUACAUAUCAAAGCACUAUUUGGAGAACAGACACGAGAGACUGGCAAGACGCCACGCACGCGGAUCAACUAGGAUUGCAGAUCGAGUGGAGCUGAGCCACUGAGCGGCGAGCCUGGAUAAAGGAUCGAUGGCCGGCGGCGAGGCAGCAGCACCGUUGCUGGAGAAGAAGGAGGCGGUCUACCGUGAAGGGUGCCCAGGAUGCGCCGUGGAGCGGAGGAAGGCGCUGAACCCCGGCGUCCCCUACAAGGAGUUCUUCCACAUCUGGACCAUCAUCCUCGCCUCAUGUUUGCCAGUAUCGUCGCUAUUCCCCUUCUUGUAUUUCAUGAUACGAGACUUGCACAUUGCCAAAACAGUAGAGGACAUUGGAUUCUAUGCUGGGUUUGUAGGCGCCUCCUACAUGCUUGGUAGAACUUUAACCUCCACUGCUUGGGGGAUGGUAGCAGACCGCAUUGGGAGAAAGCCAGUUAUUGUGCUUGGAAUUUUCUCCGUGCUUCUAUUCAGCGCUUUGUUUGGACUAAGUGUGCAUUACUGGAUGGCAAUAUCUACACGAUUUCUUCUUGGUUCUUUGAAUGGCAUAAUUGGACCUAUAAGAGCUUAUGCUAUUGAAGUUUGUCGACCAGAGCACCACGCUAUUGCAUUAUCACUUGUUAGCACAGCAUGGGCAAUAGGUCUCAUUGUAGGACCAACGAUUGGCGGGUAUCUUGCACAGCCUACAGAAAAAUAUCCAAAGUUAUUUCCCGUCGACUCAUUAUUCGGAAGGUUCCCAUAUUUCUUACCUUGUCUGUGUAUAUCAGUCUUCAGCUUUCCUGUUCUAAUAAGCUGCAUUUGGCUCCCAGAGACACUACAUAACCACAACAGUGACAAAAAGGAAGAUCAAGCGAGUGAAUCUUUGACUGCAAUUGUUUCUAAUUCAGAAGAGAUUGUCGAGCAUAAUAUUACUUCAACAAAGAAAAACAAUGUAUUGAAGAACUGGCCAUUGAUGUCAUCUAUUAUUCUGUUCUGUAUCGUGUCCUUUGAUGACAUGGCAUAUUCAGAGAUAUUCUCCUUAUGGGCUGAAAGUGACAGAAAGUAUGGUGGACUAAGUUUCUCGUCUGAGGAUGUUGGUCAGGUUCUUGCAAUUACAGGUGUUAGCAUUCUUGUAUAUCAAACAUUUAUUUUCCCACGUAUUAUCAGAGUUUUGGGACCAAUCAAUACUUCUCGUGUUGCAAUUAGUCUGUCUGUGGUGCUUCUGUUUACAUAUGCACCAAUCACACAUCUCUCAAGACCUUGGUCGUCAAUAGCAGUAAACAUCGCAUCGAUUCUUAAAAAUAAUUUUCUCAUUACCAUUGUUACUAGUUCUUUCAUUCUUCAGAAUAAUUCUGUGACUCAAGAUCAAAGAGCAACUGCAAAUGGCUUAGGCACCACUUUAAUGUCCUUUUGUAAAACAUUCGCGCCAGCAGGAGCUGGAAUUGUGUUUUCAUGGGCACAAAAACGCCAACAUGUUUUCUUUUUUCCAGGUGACCAGAUGUUGUUUUUUCUUUUGGCCAUUGUCGAGCUUGUGGGACUUGUUUGGACAUUCAAGCCAUUUCUUGUUGUGCCCCAUCAGUUUUCUUCAAAUUAGCACUCUAGAUUUGUAUUCCCUCUGUUUGGAAUUAUUUGUCUUGGAAAUGGAUGUAUCUAGAACUAAAAUACGUCUAGAUACAUCCAUUUCUUUGACAAGUAAUUUCGAACGGAGGGAGUAUGUGUUAUUAUGAGUGCACGCCUGUAUUGUACUCUUCUUACAAAACUGUAUCCAUACUUUGGCGGUAUACGCAGUUUGAAUCGGGUUGUAAUGUAAUUACGCGGUUAGGAUUGCGGAGUAGCUGAAAUAAGUAGAAAGUCAUUUUCAAGUGCCAUUAUUAUCUCCCUGCAAAAAAAUACUGCCAUUAUUUAUUAAUUACAGAAAAAUACUAUGAAAAAAUACUACGAAUCAAAUGCA